GCGCCAUUCAGAAGAUUUUAAAACCAACACAUAAUUUAUUUAUUUACAGCAUAUUACAAAUAUGACUGCUACACUCUGCCGUUAGCUUCCGUUGAGUAUCCAUAUCGCGUCCUUACAGGACUGACCUCAUGAAAGCAAUAACCGGAAGUAGUUUAAAAAAGUGUUUUCUGUGCAGAACCGGGGAGGCAAGACAGUACAAAGGAUGAGACUUCCUCUUCGCUCUUUUAGCAUCUUCAGGAGUUUAAUUUCUCACAGGAAACAAACAUCACACCCUCAGAGGCGAGGCUUGAGCGGCGUAGGGAUGCGUCUAGUGCAGUUUCAUCGCCAUGGUGAGGAGGGAAGCAUCAGAGUGGGGGUGGAGCAGGGGGACGGGGGGCUCGGCGUGGUGGACCUGAAGGCCUUUGACCCCUCCAUGCCCUCCACCAUGAGAGAGCUGCUGGAGCUGGGAGACGAGGGUCUGCAGUGUGCACAGAGAGCCUUGUCCUCGGGUCAGUGUGUGUUGCAGCGGUCAGACAUCCGGCUGUUGUCUCCUGUGUUGGCCCCGGAGAAGGUGGUGUGUGUGGGCAUGAACUACCGGGACCACUGCCUGGAGCAGGACGCCCCCAUCCCCAAAGAACCAAUCAUCUUCAGCAAAUUUCCCAGCGCCAUCACCGGGCCGUACGACGACAUCAUCCUGCCCCCGGAGAGCCAGGAGGUGGACUGGGAGGUGGAGCUGGCCUUUGUGAUUGGACGAAGAGGAAAACACAUCAAGGAGGAAGACGCUCUCUCUUACGUGGCCGGCUUCACGGUGGCCAACGACGUCAGCGCACGAGACUGGCAGAUGAAGCGCAACGGGAAGCAGUGGCUGCUGGGAAAAACGUUUGACAGCUUCUGUCCUCUUGGCCCGGCAUUGGUGACCACUGACGCUGUGAAAGACCCCCACAGUCUGGGGGUGCGCUGCCUGGUGAACGGAGACACGGUGCAGAGCAGCAACACGGAUCAGAUGAUCUUCAGGACGGAGGCGCUGGUCGCCUGGGUCUCAAAAUUUGUGACCUUGACUCCGGGCGAUGUUUUCCUGACCGGCACUCCUCCAGGCGUGGGUGUGUUCAGAAAGCCACCCAUCUUUCUCAAGAAAGGAGACGUGGUGGAGUGCCAGAUAGACCAAUUGGGCUCGGUUAUCAACAAAGUCGUCUGAAUCCGGAGACAAUCUGCUGCCAAAUAAAUAAACUGCACUUCUGAAGCACUGAACACAAUUAA